AUGACACGUUCAAUUAUCAAUAUCCUGGGAGCAGCAAUUCCGUUGCUGAGUUCAGUAUACGCUUUGGACAACGGCGUAGGACGUCUACCAGUACUGGGAUAUAAUACCUGGAAUGCUUACCAAUGUAACAUUGAUGAAGACCUCUUGCUUACAACUGCCAACCUCAUGAAAUCUCUUGGUCUUCUCGACGUCGGAUAUAAUCAAUUAAACAUCGAUGACUGCUAUGCAGAGAGGAACCGCAGUGCUGCCGGUGACAUUAUUGCAGAUACUGUCAGAUUCAAAGGUGGCAUGAAGAACCUAACUGAUCAGAUUCAUGCUCUGGGUUUUAAAACUGGCAUCUACAGCGAUUCUGGAUGGUAUACCUGUGCUGGAUAUCCAGGAUCCUAUCAAAACGAGCUACGAGACCUGGAAACAUUCUCAGAUUGGGGCUUUGACUAUCUGAAAUACGAUAACUGUGCUAUACCAUACGACGAAAUCACUAGGGAGGGUAUUGUCGGAAGAUACCAGCGCAUGGCCGAUGCCGUCGUUCAAGUUCAACGAUCCACCAAAAAUCAGCCUAUCUUACUAUCACUCUGCGAAUGGGGAUGGAGUCAAGUCUGGCUCUGGGGAAAGCAAUUCGGUCAGAGUUGGAGAACUACGGGGGAUAUAGCCCCCGAGUGGAAUUCACUCGCGAACAUCAUCAACUUUAACUCUUUCCUAACUCAAGCGACAGAUUUCUAUGGACGCAAUGACCUCGAUAUGCUUCAACUAGGGAACGGAAACCUUACCUUUGAUGAGUCAAAAUCGCAUUUCACAGCGUGGGCACUAAUGAAAUCGCCCCUGCUCAUCGGGACGAACCUUUCUGCAAUCACCAAUGAGACAUUGAGCAUCUUCAAGAACAAAGAAAUCCUCGCCAUCAAUCAGGACCCAGUCGUCGGGGCAUCCAUUUCGCCUUUCAGAUGGGGGAUCAACCCCGAUUGGACCAGCAACAGUAGCUUCCCAGCCCAGUACUGGAGCGGUCCUACCCAAGACGGAACAGUUUUCAUGCUCUUGAACACCCUGGAUGAGCCCUCCACACUAUUUUUUAAUCUGACCGAAUCCCCUUGGAUCAGAGCGGGACGACAAUACUCAGUCCGGGAUUUGUGGACCCACACGGAGAACGGUACCGCUGUACGUAACUUCACGGCAUAUGAUGUUCCUGCACAUGGCGUCGUAGCACUUUUCCUGAAAGAUGCGGGAGACGAACCGGAGGGUAUUUACCCUCAAUGCAGCGUGUGGUGGCAAUGCACUGAUAAAAACGGUACUCGGGUUGGUGGUUGAUACGUCGAUAUAAGAAAGCGGCUCCGACAAAUACAACAUAUACGGUAUACAGGAUAGGACAAGUUAAAUACUGUUAUAAUUUGUGUUGUAACUCCCUGAAAUGAUGUCAAUGAUUGCCACGGGAAGAUAUAAUAAUGGAACGCACAUAUCCGCGCUAGAUUAUCCCC